AUGAGGAUGGUUGCAGGAAAGCGAUACUUUGGGGAAGACGAAGGCGAUGAAGAGGCAAAGCGUUUUCGUGAGAUCAUGGAGGAGGCAAUGUUGUUGGGUUUUGAGAAGAAAUUUGUGAGGCUUGGAAAGAACAUGGAUGAAUUUCUACAAGGCCUAAUUGAGGAACACAGGCGAGAUCAUUCUAGAAAUGCCAUGAUCAGUCAUUUGCUUUCUCUGCAACAAUCGCAGCCAGAAUACUACGCGGAUCAGAUCAUCAAAGGGCUUAUUAUG